AAUUUGGUAUGUUCUCUUCUCUUAUUGGUAGGCCUUCUCUUAUGUUUCCAGUUUGUAAACAAUCGACAAGAUUAUCUAAGUUUUCAUCUAGGCAGAGAAAUUGACGAAAGAACUCACUGUGAGCGCAGAAAGAGAAGAAAGUGCUGAAUCUGUAGAGCGAGCCAACUCUGAUGAGCGAAAAUUGGUUGACGCAGAACAGAUGUGGACAACGAUGAGCCAGACUGUCGGUAUUCUGGCAGCUGAGUUGGCCGAGAAUCUUCGCUUGAUUCUAGAGCCUCAGCGAGCAAGUAAAAUGCAGGGUGGUUAUCGCACAGGGAAACGGUUGAAUAUGCGUCGACUAAUCCCUUAUAUCGCUAGCGAAUACAGAAAAGAUCGUAUUUGGAUGCGAAGAACCAAAAAAGCUCAAAGAGAUUACCAGGUGCUCAUCGCAGUGGACGACUCUGCUAGCAUGAACGAGAAUGGCAUUCAUCAGGUAACUUGUGAAUCUGUGUGCAUUGUCGACGACGCAUUACGAAGAUGCGACGCUGGAGACGUUUCAGUAUGUUCUUUCGGAAGUGAAUUGAAGGUCAUCAGCGCGUUCGGUGAUCACAUGACGCCAGGCCCAGAACUUCUGCAGAAGCUAUCCUUCAANCAGUCAUCCACGGAUCUCCUGCUGCUUCUCAACCGCACGCGGCAAUUGCUUGGUGACGUGCGAACGCCGACCAGCGAGCAGCUCCUCAUAAUCAUCUCCGAUGGGAGAGGAGCUCUAGCUCAAGGAGCCAAAAAAGUGAAGGCUGCUCUGGCUUCCUUGCGGGAUGUGACUGUGUUAUUUGUCAUUCUCGAUUCCGGUCCCAAAUCUAUAUGCGAUCUGUCGGUGGCCGCCUUCAAAGACGGUGAUGUGGUUCUGACGCCUUACCUAGCGACGUUCCCAUUUCCGUUUUACGCCAUCGUAAAAACUGUCACCCAACUUCCGUCAGUGCUUGCUGAAUCCAUUCGGCAAUGGUUUGAAAUGACAGUACAAACAAAUUCAAAUUAA